UAGAGCCGUUCAUUACCAGCGUGUCUGCAUUUCUCACCAAAAAAUAUCCAAUAUUCAAACUGUUUCAGAGAUUGAUGCGCUGAAAUCUGUCUUUAGUAGCCCCGAGAGGUGAUGACUUGGAUUCUAUCUUCAUAACUCUUAACUUGACUUGGACUUCGGACCUCUGAAAGACUUCCCCCAAAUCCAAGGGUUUAAAGUGUUGGCCACCAGGUGGAGCAACUCCUGUAGGACGGCAGUCCUCUGCAUGAGUAACACCCACGGCGGACAGAGAGAUGAGGACAAAACCAGUCGUUCUAACGCAGGAGUGAGAGAAGAGGCUAAAGGAAGCUCGCCGUCCUCGCCAACAUGCUCCUUCCAUUCAGGUCAAACACGCACCCUGAUGAUUGGCUGCUGAAGAUGCUGCCAGCAGAUGCUGAGCCGGCUGACGCACCAGGGACCGCCUUCUUGUCCUGAGACUGGCUGCUGGACAGGACUGAGGCUGAAUGGAGCCAAUGUUCAACAAGCAGGACAGCUACUCAUCCGAGGGAGAGGAAAAAGGGUGGCCAGAUGUGCCGAAGAGAAAGAGGAAGAACAGCCAGUGUUCUGUGAAGAGCAUGUCUGCUCUUAGCAUCUCUGUUCCAGGGUACAUCCCCAGUUACCUGGAGAAAGAUGAGCCAUGUGUGGUGUGUGGAGACAAGGCCACCGGGUACCACUACCGCUGCAUCACCUGUGAAGGGUGCAAGGGCUUUUUCCGCCGGACAAUCCAGAAGAAUCUCCACCCGUCGUACUCCUGUAAAUAUGAAGGCUGCUGCAUCAUCGACAAGAUCACUCGCAACCAAUGCCAGCUGUGCAGAUUCAAGAAGUGCAUCAGUGUGGGCAUGGCCAUGGACUUGGUGUUGGAUGAGACCAAACGUGUGGCCAAGCGGCGCCUGAUAGAGGAGAACCGAGAGCGCCGGAAGAGGGAGGAGAUGGUGCGGACGCUGCAGAUGAGGCCGGAGCCGGACGGAGCGGAGUGGGAGCUCAUCAGGAUGGUGACCGAGGCGCACCGGCACACCAACGCCCAGGGCUCCUGCUGGAAACAGAAGCGCAAGUUCCUGCCGGACGACAUUGGUCAGGGUCCAAUGGCGCCCACCGCAGAUGGAGAUAAGGUUGACCUCGAGGCCUUCAGCGAAUUCACCAAGAUCAUGACCCCUGCCAUUACUCGAGUUGUUGACUUUGCCAAGAAACUGCCCAUGUUUUCAGGGCUGCCUUGUGAAGAUCAGAUCAUCCUGCUGAAAGGCUGCUGCAUGGAGAUCAUGUCCCUGCGCGCCGCCGUUCGCUACGAUCCGGAAAGCGAGACACUGACCCUCAGCGGCGAGAUGGCUGUGAAGCGCGAACAGCUAAAAAACGGAGGCCUGGGUGUGGUGUCGGAUGCCAUCUUUGAUUUGGGCAAGAGUCUGGCACAGUUCAAUCUGGACGACUCGGAGGUGGCGCUGAUGCAGGCUGUGCUGCUCAUGAGCUCGGACCGUUCAGGGCUGACCAGCAUUCAGAAAAUCGAGCAGUGCCAGGAGGCGUACCUGCUGGCGUUUGAGCACUACAUUAACUACCGUAAGCACAACAUUCCCCACUUCUGGCCCAAACUGCUGAUGAAGGUGACGGACCUGCGCAUGAUCGGGGCUUGCCAUGCCAGCCGCUUCCUCCACAUGAAGGUGGAGUGUCCCAAUGAACUCUUUCCUCCACUCUUCUUAGAAGUAUUUGAAGACCAGGAAGUGUGACGAACGCCCUCUGGGACCAAAGGGGAAUUCUGGUUGAUGGACAACAAAGUUUAACUUUUGUUAGCAUCAGUGGAAACGCGCCCUUGUUUAUUUCUGACAAACGACCAAUUGUCCACCACCAGCGAACACUCGUCCUCGUGCUGCAGCAGAAACAAAAGCUAGUUCAAAAGCAUUCACAGGUACAGUAUCUCUAUAUGCAAACAGAGUGGAGCGCUUUGGCCAUCUCCAAUGCAAACGGAAGCGGCUCCUUUUGAGCAGCUGCUCAUCCGCCACAGAAAGCUCGCUUGCUGUUCUUUUUGUCCGUCUUUCUUUGGUCGUUGCUGUGUUUGUUUGAGACUCCAACAUGUUUCCAGAUGUUUCCCCUCCUCAGUUUCUCCUUACACAUCAGCACACAAAAGCCUUCCUUCAGUUUAGUUGUUGUGCACACACACAGAUCCAUCCUCUGUUACCUCAGACCCCCUUUGAAAUCUUUCCAUAUUUAUUUCUUGUAUUUUUGAGAGAAGAUGGAGACUACUAUUUGUAAAUACAUCUUUUAUAGCUUCAGUGAUAUGA